AUGACUACUUCUGAAUUUUUUGUUAAUCAAGAUUAUGGAUCAGAAUAUUUUAUUGGUGGUAAAAUUACACAUCAAUGGAUUGUAGAUUGUUUAGAUAAAAAUGAUGAUGAAUUUAAAAAAUAUAAAGGAAAUAGUAAGAUUAAGGAGAUUAAUGGUGUUGAUAUUUCUGAUGGUAAAGGAUUUUUAUCAAAAGUUUUUAAAACAGAUAUUCAUUUUGAUGAUGAAAAAAAGAAACCAUAUAGUAUUGUUAUUAAAAUUCCUGGAGAUGACUCUAUUAAAGAAAGCAUGGAAAAACAAAACAUUGAAAAUGAUAUGACUGAUGACUUCAAUAUUGAUAGUAUUGCUGGUUUCCAUAACAAAGAAUGUCUUUUUUAUUCUAAAUUUGCUUCAAAAAUUAAAUUUUUAAAAUAUCCUAAAUGUUUUGGAUGUAAAGACUUAGAAUCUGGUAAACAGACAGGAGUUUUAAUUAUGCAAUUCAUGGGAAGUAAUUCUAAAACUGUUCCUUUUUAUAGACUUUUAAAUAUCCAUCAAACUAAAUCUAUUUUGAAUGAUGUUUUUAAAUUACAAGAAUUUAGUCUUCUUGAUUCAGAUGAUUCUUGGAAAGGAAUUUUUCAACAACCUUUCAUAAAAAAUCAAUUUAAAAAUUUACAGAAAUAUAUAAGAAUUAAAUUAUCUGAUAUAAAAUGCUAUACAUCAAAAGAGAUGUGGUUAAAUGUUGAGAAAGAUUUAGAUAUAUUAAUAGAAAAUUAUGUCAAGAUUGCUGAACAUACUUAUUUCCAUUUAGCAACAUCAAAAAAUAACUUUCCUGUAAUUGCCCAUGGAGAUAUGUGGAUAAAUAAUUUUAUGUUUGAAGUUGAUUCAAAUGAUAAUUGUUCUAAUAAUUUAUCAGCAAUAAUUGACUGGCAAACUGUUCAUGAAGGAAAUACAGGAUGUGAUAUUGCACGUAUUCUUGCAAUAUCUACACCAUUUGACGUUAGAAGAGAAAUUGAAAAAUAUUAUCUUCCUGAUUUCUACAAAAAAUUAAAAGAUUCAAUAAUUAACAAUGGAAAAGAAAUGAAAAUAAGUUAUGAAACAUUUAUUAAUAAUUACAAAAGCUGUUUUAUAGAACAAAGCAUCUUGUCAAUUUUUAUGGUUGGAUUUGCUCUUCAAGAAUUUAAUGUUCCGGAUGACAAUGAUUAUGUAUGGGAUGCUAGAAAAUUUAAAAUUGGUUUAAAUAUUUAUUACAAUAUUUAUGACUCAAUAAACUUUUGUAAAGAAAUACAUCCGGAAUGGCUUGAAAGUAAUAAAUAA